AUGACUUCCAAGGAGGGCUCCAGAUUCGCCCCGGUGCUGAAGGACCAGAUAGACCGGAGGAUCAGCCCGCUAGACCAGCUCCCUCCGCCGGCCAACUCCAACAAACCCCUGACACCGUUCAGCAUCGAGGACAUUCUCAGCAAGCCGUCGGUGAGGAGGAGUUUCAUCUGUCCCAGGGAGAAGCCUCCCGCGGCCCCUGCGGCUCUGACCGGACGGCUCCCCGGUCCCACCUCCCCUCUGUGCGCCCUGGAGGAACUGGCCAGCAAAACUUUCAGAGGCCUGGAGGUCAGCGUCCUGCAGGCGGCCGAGGGCCGAGACUGCCUGACGCUCUAUGGUCAGAGAAAUACCCCGAAGAAGCGUCGGAAAUCCCGCACCGCCUUUACUAACCACCAGAUCUACGAACUGGAGAAGCGUUUCCUGUAUCAGAAGUACCUGAGCCCGGCGGACCGGGACCAGAUCGCCCAGCAGCUCGGUCUCACCAACGCGCAGGUCAUAACCUGGUUCCAGAACCGACGGGCCAAACUCAAGCGGGACUUGGAGGAGAUGAAAGCCGACGUGGAAUCCGCCAAGGCCGUGGGCGCCGUGGCCUUCGACAAGCUCUCCAGACUGGCGGAGCUGGAGAAGUGCGCGGCGGGAGGCGGAUUAGACAUCCAGAACGGGACCCAUCACACGCCGCCUUUGUCACCCGCCUCGGUGCAGGACACGGACCUGCACGGGAACAAGUACUGCUCAGAAGAAGAAGACAUUGACGUGGAUGAAUAA